ACCGCGACCACCAGGCAGGGACAGUUCAAGCUUUAUGCAAUAUCGGCCUCUCGCUUCGCACCAACUUGACUUUCAGUAUCCCGUGUCAACAGUGCCUGAAUAUUCAACAUGGCUUGCCCACAUAUUGGAGCAGCCAACCUAUCUAAGCCGACACCAGUUGAUUCGGUGUACCGCGAGGACUGCACCCAGUGUUUCGAUUCCAUUGAUGACCCCGCCGGCCUGGAUGUCUGCCUCAAGUGCUUCAACGGCGGUUGCGCCGGCGACCGCCACCACGCGAAGCUGCACAGCAGUAUCAGGGAUCAUCCGCUAGUCCUCAACAUCCGCCGAACCCGCAAACAUGUUGUCAGGGACGAGCCCCCAACGAAAAUGUCGAAGCUCGCUAUCGCCGCCGAGACCGAAGCCGACCGCUACGACACGGCGCUGACCGUCAGGUGCCGCGAGUGCGGGAUCGAUGACAUCGACAAGAGCGACCCCACGAUUGCCGCAACGGUGGAGGCUAUCAUGAAAGCAAACACAUUCUCCAGGAAAGAGGAGGUCAAGGCGUGGGAGCAGGAGCUGACGAGCUGUGAGCAUAUUUUGAUGCUCCAGCAGGACCCUCCGCGGCAGAUCGAGUCGCAGGAUCUGGGGCACUGCUCCAAGUGCGACUUGAAGGAGAACCUCUGGCUGUGCUUGCAGUGUGGUAACCUCGGAUGUGGGCGGGCCCAGUUUGGCGGCGUGGGCGGCAACUCGCAUGCCCUUGCGCAUUCCCAGGAAUCCGCCCACGGUGUUGCUGUGAAGCUAGGGUCGAUCACGCCCGAGGGGACCGCGGAUGUGUACUGCUAUACCUGCGACGACGAGCGGGUCGACGAGGACCUCGGCGCGCACCUGGAAAACUGGGGCAUCAUCCUAGCGGAGCGGCAGAAAACCGAAAAGAGCUUGACCGAGAUGCAGAUCGAGCAGAAUCUGCGGUGGGAGUUUUCGAUGACGACCGACGAUGGCAAGGAGCUAACGCCGCUUUUUGGCCCGGGCCUUACGGGCCUCAAGAACCUCGGGAACAGCUGCUACCUCGCUAGCAUUCUCCAGUGUCUGUUCGACCUGCCGUCCUUCCAGCGACGGUAUGGGGGCGACUAUGACUUGCCCCCGGACUCGUCGGACCCCGCUCAGGAUCUGGAGACCCAGCUACGGAAGAUCGCGGACGGUUUGCUGUCCAGCCGCUACUCCAGGCCGGAUUCGGACGUGACUGUUUCGGAACACUCGCCCGAAGUCCCGCAUCAGAAGGGCCUCCAGCCUUCCAUGUUCAAGCACCUUAUGGGCCGCGGUCACGAAGAGUUCUCGACGAUGCGCCAGCAAGACGCGUUUGAGCUCCUGCAACACCUCAUAAAACUCAUUACCAGGUCCCAACACCCUCCCGGAAUCAGUGACCCCACUGGGGCCAUGCGUUUUGUGAUGGAGCAGCGGCUGCAAUGCCUGGGGUGUAAGAAGGUGCGCUACAGCAGCACGGAGCAGGACAGCAUCUUCAUCGACGUGCCGCUCGAGAAACUACCAGCUGAGGAAGGCCAGGAACCCAAAUACAAGCCCGUCAACCUGAAGGAAUGCCUCGACAACUUGACUGCGCCGGAGAUGGUUGAGCUGACCUGCUCGUCGUGCGGCAGCAAGGACGGCUUCACCAAGCGCCAGUUGUUCAAGACGUUCCCCGAGGUCUUGGUUGUGAACGCGCGGAAGAUGGCCGUGGUGAACUGGGUGCCCGUCAAGGUCGAUGUUCCCGUUUUGGUCGGGGAUGAGCCCUUCCCUCUGGAUUCGUAUCUCUCCAAGGGCCUGCUACCCGACGAGGAGGCCCUACCGGAGGAGGCGGCCGCGAGCAACGUGCCGGCGUUCGUGCCAAACCCGGAGGCAUACGCCAUGCUCGAGGCGAUGGGCUUCCCCAAGGUCCGGUGCGAGAAGGCGCUCCAUGCCACCGGCAACAGCGAUGCGAACGCGGCGAUGGAGUGGCUGUUUGCGCACAUGGACGACCCGGAUAUCGACGCGCCGCUCGACCUUGGCGGCGGCAGUGCCGCGUUCACGGCCGACCCCGAACAACUUGCGAUGCUGGAGUCGAUGGGCCUCGGCGGCCCGCGCGCAACCAAGGCGCUCAAGGAGACCAACGGGGACGUUGAGCGGGCGAUUGAGUGGUUGUUUAGCCACCCCGAUGACCAGGGCGAGGUCGAAGAGGCUGCCGGUGCCGAUGUCGCGGAGAGCGCGAAUAAGGGUGGCCCCGCGGUAGGCAGCAGUGCGCUGCCGGCCAACUUCCAGCUCCAGUCGAUUGUGUGCCACAAGGGGACGAGUAUCCAUACUGGGCACUACGUUGCGUUCAUCCGCAAGGAGCUUCGCGACGGGAGGUCAUGGGUGCUCUUCAACGACGAGAAGGUGGUCAAGGUGGUGGACGUGGAGGAGAUGAAGAAGUUUGCUUAUGUGUACUUCUUCCGACGGGUGUAGACACGGAAUGGAUUGUGCUGGGGAGUGGCAACCAGUGCAAUGGCCGUCCCAUGCUAGGGAGUUAACCCAUAGAGGAUGGAGAAGAGCGCGUCAAGCAC